AUGCAAGGUUUGUUGCCAGCUCUUGAUAAAUUACUUGGUAAUGUUGACCAGAGAUUAUGUGUUACACAUUUAUAUAGCAACUUUAGGAAGAAGUUUCCUGGCCUGAAAUUGAAAGAAUUGAUGUGGAGGGCUACAAGUGCAAGUUAUGUAAAAGCUUGGGAGAAAAUAAUGAUUGAAAUAAAGGGAGUUAAUGAAGAGGCCUUCAAACAUCUCAUAAAAUUUCCACCAAGAUUCUAG